AUGGCUUAUAUAAUCAAUCAAGCACGAAUAAGACAGCAAUCUCUCGUUAUAACCCUUCUUGAUCUCAAGAAUGCGUUUGGUGAAGUACAUCACAAUUUAAUCCAAUCUGUUCUUGGCUAUCAUCACAUACCUCAACAUAUUCAACUCAUGAUUAAAAGCCUUUACACAAACUUUAAAACAUCAAUCAUCACAUCUGAUUUUAACACGCCAUUUGUAGAAGUAGGUCGUGGAGUUUGGCAGGGAGAUUGCCUCAGUCCAUUACUAUUUAACCUAUGCUUUAAUACUUUUAUCCAUGCAGCACAUAAAAUCGGAGAAAUAUCAACAGUUUGGUUUUUCUUAUAAACUUCUCAACCCAAUUCAUUGGUUCCAGUUCGCUGACGACGCAGCCGUAAUAACCGGCCAAGAAUCUGAAAAUCAACACCUGCUAAACCGUUUUGCAAUUUGGUGUCAAUGGUCAAACAUGAUUAUUCGAGUAGAUAAAUGUAGCACCUUUGGCAUCAAAAAAGCUCUCACCAAAUAA